CCGAGCGGCGCCAAACUCUUGCAAGUUAGAUGUACGACAAAAAUGGCUCAGUCUCGGUUUGCCACGGUAACUAGCGACGAAAUUUCGAAAAUAAAUGAAGAGGCCAUACCAGACAACACUAAAAAAGCGACUAAAUUCGGUCUAGCAGUUUUCACAGGUAAAGCUUUGUCUGUUUAACCUAAAUUUUGUCGAUGAAACCCGUGAAAAAGUUUUUUGUUUACAAAUGCAAAUUAUGUCUUUCGUUACUUAAUGUUAGCUGACAUGUUUAUAAAUAAGCUUACUUUUUUUACAGAAUGGUUUCAGAUGCAAGAAGAGUUCAAAACUCCCUUUGAGGAGAUGUCACCAAUUCAGCUUAACAAAUGCCUCCAAAAAAUUUUACUUGUCCGCACGAAAACGUGACGGCAGUUACUACAACAAAAAGUCGCUUAUCGCAAUCCGAGCCUCGUUAGAUCGUCACUUAAAAAGUCCUCCGUUUUCAAAGCCAUUUUCCAUUGUUGGCGACAGUCAUUUUAAUGAAGCCAAUAAAUCCCUCAGCAAUUUUCUGAAAACUCUGAGCAAAAGUGGCCAAAUAGCUCCGACAGUGCACAAACAAACCCUAACAAAGGAAAUUGUUGAGAAACUUUACGAAGAAGGCGAGCUUGUUGACAUCGAUUCUCUCCAACCACACAAAGUACAGCAGACGGCCUGGUUCUUCAUCAGUUUAUUCCUCGGAAAGAGAGGUCGAGAAAACCAGCACCUGCUUAAGAAACACAUGCUUAUCUCAAGGGAAGCGCCAAAUGGUGAAAAAUAUCUGGAAAUAAACAAAGAGCGCGGAGCAGUGUUGGCGACUAAAAACCAUCAAGGUGGCCUAGAUGAUAAAGAAGAUGAGUCAAACGGAAAAAUAUUUGAAAGACCAGGCUCAAAACGCUGCCCAGUGAAACUCAUCGAGAAAUACCUGUCACAUCUGAGUCCCAAAUGCAGCAGUUUAUUCCAGAAACCAAGAAGCUCGUGCAAAGCGUUUAACCCAGCAACGGAUCUUGUGUGGUACUGCUCGAGUCCACUUGGCCACAACACGCUUGAAAAUAUGCUACGAAGAAUGACAUCAAGAGCUGGAAUAAAGCCACAUCUAACAAACCACUCGAUCAGAGCGACCACCGUGACGGUUUUGUCAGCUGCAAACAUCGAGAGUCGGUACAUCAGGGCAAUAACCGGCCACCAAAGUGAAGAAAGCAUCAAGAGCUAUUGUGAUACGCCGACAUUCGAGCAGUUUAAAAGAAUGUCAAACGAGCUAAGUGAAUUCUUCGAUCCAGCUGGUGGCGAUGACAAGGCUGUUACAGUCCCUCAGAAAACCGUUGCGUCGUCAUCGAGCCAGCCGCAAUCAGUAGCUACGAGCACUGCAAAUUAUUCUUUCCAGUCCAUUCAAGAUGGAUCACAGAAUCUUGUCCAUGGCUUCAUUCCCGGAGCCACGUUCCAUAACUGUAAUCUCAACUUUAAGGUGAGCUUUGGAGGAAGCAGCAGCAAAUAA